CAGAGGCUGCAGCUCAUGGCAAAGAAGGAAGAAGCGAAAGAGGUGGUAAGGGAAGUGGAAAAGGCAGGAGGAGCUGACAGCAGCAAAGUCACUGAGCUCGAGGCGGCUCUGGAAAACGAGAAAAAAGCAGUUGAAGAAUUUGAAGCCAAGAUGGAGGCAAGGGAAGGAGAAUUCCAAGAGAAGCUGGCGACAGUAGUGGCUGAGCAUGAGGCUGAGGUUCGGGAUAUGCGGAGUCGAUAUGAGGAUCAGAUGAAGAGUUUGAUGGAAGAUGAUCUAUUCAGCGACGCGGGUUCAGCGAGGGAUGAAGGGGAUGGGUACCAGGAAGAAGCAGAAGAGGCAGUUGAUGCUGGUGAGUUGCUGCAAACACCAGAAGGUGGUGAUACGCCGGCGACUAUAGAAAAACUGAAGUUUGAGUAUCACCAGCGAGAAGCGAAACUAAAAGAUGAGCUGAACGAGGCUAAAAACAAAUCUCGCAAGACUGUCACCGGAUUGAAGGCACAGUUGGCUGAGGCCCAGAACAGACUUUCCGACGAGAAGAAUAAUUGUCAGAAAGAGAUCGAUGCCCUGCAGAUGGAGAAAACGAGCAUCGAAAGCGAGAGAGACGAAAAGUGUGAGCAGAUAUCUUGUCUUGAAGAGACGACAGCUUCUCUGCAGGCUCAACUGGAUGAACUGACUGCCAGAGAAGAAGAAAGAGCGGCCAAGAUUCACCAACUACAGUCUGAUCUGCAGUCAGCCUUGGCGGGAGGAGCUGGGCCUUCGAAGGCAUCUCGACUGGCAGACUUGGUCAACAGAAGUUUCGAGGGUUCUCCUGGACAGAUGACCCCUGCCUCACAUGGUCUUCCUCACUCUACCAGCCCUCCCAUCUCCGUACUCCCAAUGGAUGAAGUCCAGUUCAGUUGCGAGCCGUCCAUCACUCAACUCAUCCAUCGGCCAUUCGAGGGUGGAGGCACACCACAAUCGGUUCAAUUCCCAGGGGGGCAGACCCCUUUCUCUGAGGGUUCGCAAUUUCCCGGGGGUACACAGUUUUUCCAUGGUUCCCUGAAUCAGUCUGGGUCAAGCCGCCAACUUGGGGACUCAACUACGGUCAACGCCGUGUCAGGAGCUCCUCCUCAAGGGCUGCACAUGCUAAUUCAGUCCCGCCUCUCCCACCACUCAACCCAGGGGUACACGUCUCUUCCCCACGACCACCCAGUGGUGGCAGAGUGGGUGAAGGCCUACGAUCUCAUCAUGAAAUUCAGGGAUGGCAUGGUCGAUAUUCUCCGGGAUGACGACAGAUUUGAGAACGAAAUUGAAGAUCUGCGCAGCAUCGAAGGGGUGCCUUUGACGAGGGACGAAGAGGUGCAGGGACAAAUCACUCAAAUGAGGUUCAGCCUCACACUCAUGCUGCAUCAGAUGGAGGUAACUCUUCAGGAUACCUUUGGGAGGUUGUUAACAGGUGAGAGUGGUGGAGGUGAUGAUGGGGAGACAGGGGGAGAGGAGGGAGGGGGAGAGGAGGGAGGCACCGAGAUGAGAAACCUGAGACAGGCAAAGACUCGAAUGAAGGAGAGACUGAGUCAGGCGGAGGACAUGCACAAGAUGGAGCUCCAAAAUAGCAAGGAGACAAUAGCAAACCUGUCCAACAAAGUGGAGACUCUUCGAAUGGAAAUCGCCAGUCUCAGGCGAAGUAUGGCUGCUAAUGAGAGGGGCGGGGCCAACGAAGUCCCACUCUCCAUGUUCACAAGUCUCGACUUGGCCCACAACACUCAAGAACUGGAGUCGGCCGUCGAAUCGGAGAAAAUCACAACCCAGGCCUACCAGAGAGUGAAGGAAGAGAUGAGUGCCUAUCUCUCCAUCCCCACCCAGCGACUGGCACAUGUCGGGAAGAGAAGACGGCAGAAGCAGUUGGCAGAGAACCUGGUCUGCGAGGUGAGGCGAGAGCUACACGAUCGGGAGGACGCGGUAGAGAAGGUGGUGGGGAGGAUCCGGUCUCGGGAUCAGCUUCAGCAGAAACAGUUUGAGCAGAGAAUGGAAGGACUGCGUCGACAAAGGACGACUCUCGCUCGCGAGCUGACCGUCAAGUUGGGAGAGAUGGAGGAAGUCACUAAGUCUCUACUGAUAAAGCCGAUCUACGGGGGGCGGUCCCACGUUAGACACCAGAAUCUCAUCACCCCUCUUCCUCGUCCCAUUCCCGUUCGCCGGAGCCGGCAUCCUGGCCACACCCACAAACGUAGAACGAGGUCAGGAUCAGCGAUUGUGCAGGGUUCCAAUGACCACCGCCACAUGACAGACACUCUCCAAGAAGAAACAGACCAAGGGAGGAUAAGUUUCCAGACUAGCCCCUCACCUCAUCGCUACACUCAGCCCCCAACUAGAGAGAGGAGGGAGAAGAAGAGAGGAGGAGAGGGACUCGCGAGCAUGCAGGGCACCCCUCUCCCUCCACCCCUCCUCCACACACACCCUCUCAGACACACACGGACAGAGAGAGGUGGGGAGGGGAGUGAGGCAGCGUGGCAGGUGGAAGAUUCCCGGCCACCAACAAGACAAGAACCACUGCCGUUUAGUCCACUGAUGUUCCACACGCCUCCUGCCAUCCCUAGCAUCAUGGAGGCCAACACUGCCAGAAAGAAGUAAGCCCCUCGCAUAAAAAAUACAUUGUGAAAGGCGCCUUUAGCAUGUGCUCAAGUCGGUGGACAAUGUGAAAUAUAAACUGCAGACACCUGCUGGGUCUCCUGAAGGAGCUGGGACUGAGCUCACCAGCUGCUGCUCCCACUCCCCGGCCGCACCACCACGACCACAGGUACACCACUGAGAGACAGAAUGUGUGUGGUGUACUCUGUUUACUCGGUUCUCUCAGUUCAACAGUGGAGUCCAGACUGGUCGCCCACGCCAUUCAAGACCCCCUCCGCUCACACAGACACUCUCGUGCACGCACCUCGUCUCUCCCUCCCAUCAGCGUUCCCUCGAGGAUCAGUGGACCUCUCGCCGCAAUCUACUAACUCUGCAUUUUGUACAGCAUCGAUCAUCAGUGGAGGAGGGCGUGGCUUAUAAAGUGCGCAUGCGUAAUUAGUACGUAGUUAGGGUGGGUGGAGUUUACGUGCAUUCUUGUUUGGUGUGUUUAUGAGCGAGAGACAGCGAUCAGAAAGAAUAUUCGGACGUCUACCUGGCUUGCUUGAGGAGAGACAAACCGACAGGGAGCUAGAGAUGCCGAAGACGCGAAGAGAAGAGGGCGGACUGGGAGACUGGUCGAGUACGGGGACGUUUCUGCGGAAACCGUCCUCGGGCUGGCUGCACGAUGACCACGAGCUCCAGGACCAGUCCUCCAUCAACUACAAGAUCAAGUACCUGGGCUGCAAUCGAAGUAUUUGCCAUUCAAUGAGGACCCUGCAGUACAACUGAGAACACAAUGGUCACCAAGAGAAGCAUAGCACGGAUGGCAGAGUCUGUGGUAAAAACAUUCAGCACCACAAAAGAAAGAUUCCAAAACGCAACUCAACAGACUCUGGGAGGUAAGCAAACAACAAGGACUGGGUUGCUGGGACACUGUGAGUGCGGGACGAGCAUGGGAGUCUCGCAGUGCUUCAUCCAAUGACAGGAGAUAAGUGAACGCACACGCUCUGCCGUCGAUAUCGUUGUCCUCUGGUGGAGAUGGGCGCAACUCUUGACUUCAACUUUCUUUAUGUGGUCCAAGUACCGAUCCUGAAAGAGCUUGCCAUGUGUUUGAGUCUAGCCAUGCUCUCAUGACGUUCUGAUCUACCAUCGGACAGGCUUUGAAACUAGCGCUACAGGGCUAGCAAAUGUAGCCUCAAUUCUCCCCGCAUAACCGGCUGAACGGCACAUGCAGAUCAGGAACAAGAUCAGGACGGGUAUUCCUGGUCCCCGUCGGAUCUCACUUGGCACUCCACGAGGCAAAGGGCCUCUCCGCGGGGGAACCCCCUUUCGAGUCCCAACCCCCCGGUGGCCGGAAUUUUACUCUUAUCUCCCGUUCGAGUCCCCGCGGACCGCCAGCCGUCGCAACCUCCCCUCCUCCUAAGAAUGCAAAAUGGCUUGCCAUCUCUGACGACAGUUUCUGGUCCAAGAUCUCGUAUCUACAAGCCUGACACCUCCCUGGAUUUCCUACGGUAGCUGAAGAUGAGGAGGCCGCUAUCAACGUACUGGUCAGCAGAUACUUGAUCAAUCCUUACGACUACGAUCCAUCAUGUCCAGUGCUCCAGAGACACGCCGCUUCUUUUCCCUUUCCCUCCCUCCGUGGGGUCUACUUCCGAACUCUUGGAGAGGAUCACAUCCUCUUGUGAAGAGACUAUUACGCUGCCUGGAUAUGACGAUAACGCAGUCGGUCCGGUCCUGACCUCUGCGAACUCUGAACUCAUUGACGCAGCUGACCUCCGCCGCCUCGAUCAAACGGCUAAUGCAUUGUCUCCAGCAACACAGGUGCCAUUGUAAUCCACAAUGGGAUUCUGGCAGUUCGGUCAGGACCAGACUAGACGUCUCCUCGCCAUAACCAUCGCACCGCGUUGCGCACGAGCCCGAAAUGCCACCCCUAGGCAAAGAAGUCGUUUGCGUCCUCAUCAUCACAUGCUUCGGAGUCAGCGGAGGUCAUGUCUGAACGUUACGACGACCCGACAGGCUCGUUGUCUGCUGUGAAACCUUCAUUACCUCCAGGUCGCUGAGGCGGCUCUGCUUGGGCAAUAUCUCCAUGGCAACGACU